AUGUCGGAGAGCGACCGUGCCUCGUUCGCCGCUUAUGAUGUAGAGUUUGUUGUAGAGACUUCACUCGGCGCCCGGACGUUUGAGAUGUUUGUCAUCGACUGCCGCGAGGAACUCUUGCAGUGGUACUCACGCCAAGGCUACAUGCCGCGCGCCGACAGUCCACGUUCAUCCGCCUUGCAGUAA